UGCCCCAGUUCUCAGCUCUGGGCAGCGGUCUGCACGGCUGCUGUCCUUGCCAUGAAGCAGCCCAUGUCCUCGUGUGUACUCACAGCAAUGUGCCUCCUGAGCCGGUCCACAUCUUCCUGGCUGCCACAGCCGGUCUGAGGAAGAAGAGCUGAGGCAAUGGGCACAACUGGAAGCACAGGAACUCUGCAGGAAACGUCACCAAUCCCUUUCCCAGCUGUGCAGGCUGCCUGUGUGAGUGUGAGUGCUCUCCCAAUGGCAGGACAUCCAAACAGAGGAUCCCAGCUGAGCCUGAUGCUCGUGGGGAAGACGGGGAGUGGGAAGAGUGCGACAGGGAACACCAUCCUUGGGAUGGAGGCAUUUGAAUCAAAGUUGUCAGCACAUGCAGUAACCACUGACUACUCAAAAUGUGAAAACAGCUUUCAUGGAAGACCAGUUCUUGUUGUUGAUACUCCUGGCCUGUUUGAUACAAGAGAAACCAAUCUGAAAACAGCUGAAAAGAUUAAGAAUGCCUUACGGUACCUCUAUGCAGGUGUCCAUGCCAUCAUCCUGGUGAUGCAGUUGGGCCGAAUCACUAAGGAAGAGCACGAAGUGGCUGAGUGGGUGACCAAGAUUUUCCAUACUAAAGCACAGAAUUACACAAUCCUGUUAUUCACCCGAGCAGAACAGCUGGAGCAUCCAGAAGAUCUGAAGGGUUUCGUAGAAGAAAGCCCAUACCUCAAGGAGCUGGCAGCCAAGUGUGGAAAUCGGUACAUCGGUUUCAGCAACAGAGCCACCGGGGAGGCGAGGGAUCGGCAGGUUGCAGAGCUCAUCGACAUGAUUGAUGCCAUGGCAGAGAAGAAUCGCAGUGCUCCGCGUUACACGCGAGAAAUGCUGGAGGAAGACACACGUACCUUCUUUGAAAAGUUUUGUACCAUCCUCACGGGUUGUCCUGGCACCAUCGGGCUCACACUCGUCUCUCCUUGUUCCACAGGAUCUGAGCUGAGGAUAUUGCUGGUGGGGAAGACGGGGAGUGGGAAGAGUGCGACAGGGAACACCAUCCUUGGGACGGAGGCAUUUGAAUCAAAGUUGGCACUACGUUCAAUAACCUCACAAUACAUAGAUGCUAAAAAUUCAUUCAAUGGAAGACCAAUUGUUGUUGUUGACACUCCUGGUCUUUUUAACACUAGAGGAGUCACUGUACAAGAAACAGCUGAAAAGAUUGGAAAUGCCCUUCGGAAUUUCUAUGGUGGGGUCCAUGCCAUCGUCCUGGUGAUGCAGCUGGGCCAAGUCACUGAAGAAUGCGAGCAAGUGGCUGAGUGGGUGACCAAGAUUUUCCAUACUGAGGCACAGAGGUACACCAUCCUGUUAUUCACCCGAGCAGAAGAUCUACAGAAGCCUGAAGAUCUGAAAGGUUUAAUCGAAGACAACAAAUACCUCAAGGAACUCGCAGCCAAGUGUGGAAAUCGGUACAUUGGUUUCAGCAACAGAGCCACUGGGGAGGCAAGGGAUCGGCAGGUUGCAGGACUCAUCAACAUGAUUGAUGCCAUGGUAAAGCAGAAUUGCGAUGCUCCAUGUUACACGCAAGAAAUGUUGGAGAAACAUACAGAGAAAUCUCCUGAACAGGCACCCAGUUGGAAAGCAGGAUAUGAAAAGAAAGGAUCCGACCUGAGGAUAUUGCUGGUGGGCAAGACGGGGAAUGGGAAGAGUGCGACAGGGAACACCAUCCUUGGAAAGAACACGUUUGACUCUGGCUGUGCAGCAAGUGGGAUAACCCAAGUGUACAAGGAAGAUAAAAACCGCAUCCAUGGAAGAACAAUUGUUGUUGUCGACACUCCUGGUGUUUUUGACACUAUGGAUUUCAGCAGAAGAACAGCUGAUAAGAUCAAGGAUGGUCUUAAAUGCCUGAAUGAAGGAGUCCACGCCAUCCUGCUGGUGAUACAGCUGGGCAAAAUCUCUAAAGAAGUAGAACAAGUGGUUGAGUGGGUGACCAAGAUUUUCCAUACUGAAGGAGAGAGCUACACAAUCGUGUUAUUCACCCGAGCAGAUGAGCUGGAGCAUCCAGGAGGCCUGAAAGGCUUUAUAGAAGGGAACCAAUUCCUCAAAGGUUUGGUAGCAAAGUGUGGAAAUCGGUACAUCGCUUUCAACAACAAAGCCACAAGAGAGGCAAAGGAUCGGCAGGUUACAGAGCUCAUCCAAAUGAUUGAUGCCAUGGUAAAGAAGAACUGCGAUGCUCCGUGUUACACGCGAGAGAUGCUGGAUAAAGGUUUAUGGAACUUUUUUGCAAAGCGUUGUUCUAUCCAAUAAUCAUUAAAGGUUUGGUCAAAGAACAGACGUCUCAUUUAUUGUGCCAUUUCUGCUACCUCUUCAGGGUGAUGCAGGUGUAGCAGUGUGUGCCUCCUUCCCUUAGCAUUCUGUGAUGGACUGGCCCUUAUGCUCAAGCCUUGCUCAGAACUGAUAACACUAUCCUGCUAAAUACUAUGACUGUGAGUUAAUCGUAGCCCUUGACUCCCUUAAACUCUAUUUCUCAGAACGAGAGUGCAUGUGAUCUCCUCAAUUCCUUCUAAAUAUGGAGAAGCUCAACUGACUGUAGAGAUGGGAUGGAUUAUGUGGAAUAAUUAGGAGAAAGAACCUACUGGGAUAUUCUCCUCUUGAAAGAAGAAAAGGGUUGAAGAAACCUCCAUGCUUGAAUGAAGUGAAUACGCAAAGAGUCUGUUCCAUGAUGGUCUGUCAAGCAGCGUUAAGACCUGCAAAGUGUAGAUUGUUGGCAGCACCAGGGGAGCUUGAUAGGCCAGGUGCAAGAGGUACAGCACAGAGGGUGGAGCGAGGUGUAAAACUCUGCAUCCCUGCUCUGUGAUAAGAUUGCAGGGAUGGGAGCUUGGUGGUACCAUGGAACUGAGAAACU